UUCGUGGCCAUGAGCCGCAUGCGACAGCGCGGCCUCCUGUGUGACAUCGUCCUGCACGUAGCUGCCAAGGAGAUCCGGGCACACAAGGUGGUGCUAGCCUCCUGCAGCCCCUACUUCCACGCCAUGUUCACAAACGAGAUGAGUGAGAGCCGUCAGACACACGUGACACUGCACGACAUCGACCCUCAGGCCCUGGACCAGCUGGUGCAGUUUGCAUACACAGCCGAAAUCGUGGUGGGAGAAGGCAACGUGCAGACUCUGCUCCCAGCAGCCAGCCUCCUGCAGCUGAAUGGCGUCCGAGACGCCUGCUGCAAGUUCCUGCUGAGCCAGCUGGACCCCUCCAACUGCCUGGGCAUCCGGGGCUUCGCCGACACACACUCCUGCGGUGAUCUGCUCAAGGCGGCACACAGGUACGUGCUGCAGCACUUCGUGGACGUGGCCAAGACCGAGGAGUUCAUGCUGUUGCCGCUGAAGCAGGUGCUGGAACUGGUCUCUAGCGACAGCCUGAACGUGCCUUCAGAGGAGGACGUCUACCGUGCCGUCCUGAGCUGGGUCAAGCAUGAUGUGGAUGCCCGGAGGCAGCAUGUUCCUCGGCUGAUGAAGUGUGUCCGCCUGCCCCUGCUGAGCCGGGACUUCCUGCUGGGCCAUGUGGACGCUGAGAGCCUGGUGCGGCACCACCCAGACUGCAAGGACCUACUCAUCGAGGCCCUCAAGUUUCACCUGCUGCCCGAGCAGAGGGGCGUCCUGGGCACGAGCCGCACCCGGCCCCGGCGCUGUGAAGGCGCUGGUCCUGUGCUUUUUGCUGUGGGUGGUGGGAGCCUGUUCGCCAUCCACGGGGACUGUGAAGCAUAUGACACGCGCACUGACCGCUGGCACGUGGUGGCCUCCAUGUCCACACGCCGAGCCCGGGUGGGCGUGGCAGCAGUGGGGAACCGGCUGUAUGCUGUGGGCGGUUACGACGGGACUUCAGAUCUGGCCACCGUAGAGUCCUACGACCCUGCGACCAACACCUGGCAGCCGGAGGUGUCCAUGGGCACGAGGCGCAGCUGCCUGGGUGUGGCUGCCCUGCAUGGGCUCCUGUAUGCAGCUGGUGGCUACGAUGGGGCCUCUUGCCUCAACAGUGCUGAGCGUUAUGACCCCCUGACGGGAACGUGGACAUCCAUCGCCGCCAUGAGCACACGGAGGCGAUACGUGCGCGUGGCCAUGCUCGAUGGAAACCUGUAUGCCGUGGGUGGCUAUGACAGCUCAUCACACCUGGCCACAGUGGAGAAGUAUGAGCCCCAGGUGAACUCCUGGACGCCCGUGGCCUCCAUGCUGAGCCGGCGCAGCUCGGCAGGUGUGGCGGUGCUGGAGGGGGCCCUCUACGUGGCUGGUGGCAAUGAUGGAACCAGCUGCCUCAACUCUGUGGAGAGAUACAGCCCCAAGGCAGGCGCCUGGGAGAGUGUGGCGCCCAUGAACAUCAGAAGGAGCACACACGACCUGGUGGCCAUGGAUGGAUGGCUGUACGCCGUGGGGGGCAAUGACGGCAGUUCCAGCCUCAACUCCAUCGAGAAGUACAACCCGAGGACCAACAAAGAGGACGGCGCACGGAAGCUGGCUGGCCUGUUUGGCACCGAGGCUGGUGCGGACGGGGACACCACUGCUGACAAGAUCUUCCACUACAUCCCAGGGACGAACAUUCCAGGUUUGCAGAGCCAGCAAGAAAUCCUGGAGCAGCCUUUCCUGAGUGUGUUCAAGGAGGGGCGGCGAAGGGCAGCAGUGAGGAGUCUAGGCAGCGUUGUGCACUACGCCAAGGUCCAGCUGCGUUUCCAGCACAGCCAGAAUGUCAGCGACUGCUACCUGGAGCUGUUCUCCUCCCACCUCUACUUCCAGGCCCAUGGUCCUGAAGGACUCACUUUCCAGGGGCUGUUACCACUGAUGGAGCUGAGUGUCUGCCCCCUCGAGGGGUCUAGAGAGCACGCCUUCCAGAUCACAGGCCCACUGCCCGCCCCACUUCUCGUGCUCUGCCCCAGCCAGGCCGAGCUGGGCCGCUGGCUCUACCACCUGGAGAAGCAGAUAGCCCUCGUGGGAGGGGUGCCUCGCUGCCCCCCAGAGCCCAUGCAGGGCCCCACUGAGGACAUGCUCCCCUGGACUCUGCAGCGCAGGCUGACCCGGCUGCGGACAGCAUCAGGCCGCCAGGUGAUGGGCAGUGCCAUCUGUGCCUCAAGGGUCAAGUUGCAGCAUCUGCCCUCACAGGAGCAGUGGGACCGGCUUCUUGUCCUGUACCCAACCUCCCUGGCCAUCUUCUCCGAGGAAGCAGAUGGGCUUUGCUUUAAGGGGGAGCUCCCGCUCAGCGCCAUCCACAUCAACCUGGAAGAGAAGGAGAAGCAGAUCCGCUCUUUCCUGAUUGAAGGCCGUCUCAUCAACACCAUCCGUGUGGUGUGCGCCAGCUACGAGGACUAUAGCCACUGGCUGCUCUGCCUGCAGACAGUCUGCUGUGAGGACAGGGCCUCCCCACCACCCGGCCCGGAGAGCCUCCCGGGGCUGCGGGCGUCCACACAGGUUGUGGUCAGUGGCCGAGGCUCGCUCUCCUCUGAUGCACGGACCAGCUGGGACUCAGGGUGCCCGGCGCCCCCCUCCACUUGCACCAGCCACUCCCUCCCUGAGUCCUCAGCACCAUCCACUGCAGGCUGCCCAGCCCGGCCCCCACCGGAGCAAGCCAACCCUGGCUGCACCAGCGUCAGUGGGCACAGGGCAAAGCUGAGACGGGGCGGCAGCAGCCGAUCACCCAGGAACAAGGCCCGGGCUGAGAGGCCUGGCCCAGCCGCCCUGCUACACCUGGACCUGACCAAGUUGAGCCUAGACAGCAGCCCUGAGGCUCCAGACCAUUCCUUGGAGACACCCCACUCCCCGCUCUACGCUGACCCCUACACACCACCUGCCACUUCCCACCGCAAGAUCACAGACGUCCAGAGCCUGGAUAAGUUCCUCAGUGUGAUGCAGAGCUCGCUUGGACCUGAGCCCUCCAGCCUGUUCUGCUCGGUCCCCGUGUCCGUGCCUGUCUCUGACUCCAGUUGUGGACUCUCCGGCCCCCACUUACUCUCUGAGAAGGCAGUCCCACGGGCCCGAGCCUCUCGGCACCAUCGUGCCUCCAUCAAGGGCUGGGGGCCCCAGCCCCCAGACUCCCCUCAGCUUAUGGCCGCCCCCCCCAGGGCUACGGCAGCGUCCAGGACAAAGCUCUGUCACCUUCCCAGCGGCAGGGGCCUCGAGGAGCACCAGAGCCUGAACGGGGGCUCAUCCAAUGGAUCUGAUGGCCCCCAGCAGCUGCUUCUGGGGACCACCUGCCUGCAUCGGCCCUGGAGGAGGGGCCGCAACAGGACCUAGGACUUAUCUGUGGGGCCACAGGCAGUGUCGAGUCUGGGUCUGACCCUAGCAGGUGGAGGGAGCGUCAAGAACCCUGAGUUACCCUGGGCCCUGGACACCUUGGCCAAGGUGACUGGACACCCAGAGGGGCCACACCUCAGCCUGCCUCUCAGGGAAGGAAUGAGGAAGGGGACUUGGGGCAGCGGCUUCACCUGGGAGGGGGAUGGCACAAGCAUAAAUGUCAGAGGGCUGAGAAAGUCAGAUUAGCGAGGGCCAGAGUAUGUGAAACCAGAGGGCGCAAGGGUCGGAGGUCAGCGAGGUCUGAGACAUGAUGAGCAGAGGGAGGAGGGUGGCCUGGGCGUGUGUGAGUAGGACGAACUGGUCCGGAGAAACUGGCAGGAGGCCAAACAGGAAGGAAA